AAUUUGUGGUGUAGUUCCUUUUAGGCAUGGUGUGGUUCUGGAGGUAGUUUCCAGGGUAGAUGCAGCGGUCACUAGACUGCAAUAUCUUUUUCUUCUUAAAAAUAAGCUUCUUAUGUAAGAGAAAUUACUUUAGAACUUAAUUUGGAAAGAUUAGAUUGGAAUUGCCUCAAAUCCAAUUAAGCCACACUGCAUGGACGUGCUGGGAAUAUAAAUGCAAUUACUGUAAAUUUGUACAAACUGAUUUGUUGCAUUAUCUUGCUAAUCUAACAUAUGGUACUUUUUGUGUCCAUAUUGCAGACGGCAACUCCAAACUAACAUGGCAGUCAGACUGUGUGAUGUGGCUUCUCUGCUUAGAAGUGGUUCGUGGGCAGCAGAGCCUUGGACUGGGGUAAUUGCUGCCAUGGAAACACAACUGUCUAAUGGACCAACUUGCAAUAGCACAACCCAUGGUUCAACCACCAUAAACAACUGCUCAUCACCAGUUGAUUCUGGGAAUGCAGAAGACAGCAAGACCAAUUUAAUAGUCAACUACCUUCCACAAAACAUGACACAAGAGGAACUGAAGAGCCUCUUUGGCAGCAUUGGUGAGAUAGAAUCCUGCAAGCUUGUCAGGGACAAAAUAACAGGACAGAGCUUGGGUUAUGGUUUUGUGAACUAUGUGGAACCAAAGGAUGCAGAAAAAGCUAUCAAUACUCUGAAUGGAUUGAGACUUCAAACUAAAACCAUAAAAGUUUCCUAUGCGCGACCAAGCUCAGCUUCUAUCAGAGAUGCAAAUUUGUAUGUUAGUGGACUUCCAAAAACCAUGACCCAGAAGGAACUGGAACAACUCUUUUGCCAUUAUGGACGCAUUAUUACUUCUCGUAUUCUGGUUGAUCAAGUCUCAGGAGCAUCAAGGGGUGUAGGGUUUAUCCGGUUUGACAAGCGAAUUGAAGCAGAAGAAGCUAUCAAGGGCUUGAAUGGCCAGAAACCUCCAGGUGCCACAGAGCCCAUCACUGUAAAGUUUGCUAACAAUCCAAGCCAAAAAACCAAUCAGGCUAUCCUUUCCCAGCUGUACCAUUCUCCAAACAGAAGGUAUCCGGCACCUCUGGCUCAGCAGGCUCAACGUUUUAGGUUGGACAAUCUGCUCAAUAUGGCUUAUGGAGUAAAGAGUAGGUUUCCUCCAAUGACCAUUGAUGGAAUGACGAGUUUGGCUGGAAUUAAUAUCCCUGGACAUGCAGGAACUGGAUGGUGCAUUUUUGUAUACAACUUGGCCCCUGAUGCUGAUGAGAGUAUCCUCUGGCAAAUGUUUGGACCCUUUGGAGCAGUAACCAAUGUGAAAGUCAUCCGUGACUUUAACACCAACAAGUGCAAAGGUUUUGGAUUUGUGACUAUGACAAACUAUGAUGAGGCAGCUAUGGCAAUAGCUAGCCUGAAUGGAUAUCGCCUUGGGGACAGAGUAUUGCAGGUCUCCUUCAAAACAAACAAAACACACAAAGCCUAACAAGUUAUUCUCAGUGCAUUAAUACAUGAAAAACUAUACAACAAAGGCAGUUUACAAGAUGCUUUAUGAAUUCGUAAAUGCCUUUGUUGUAUGUCAGUGUGGAAAUGGGGAUAAAAUGACUACUUAGCAUCCUGAGAAUAUGUGAGAAUUUUUAUUGCUAAUAUUUGAAUUAAAACUUCUUAAAUAACUUUUGUGUUUGAAUAUUGACAAAAGAUACAGGGUUUUUACCUGUCACAAUGCAUAUUCUAUUACCUUCUUUGAAGAAGGUGGAACUUCUGAAAUGUUUCAGUUAAGGAAAGAAGUUGUUUUUUGCGUUUUUUU